AUGGCGUCCUCAUCCUCAUCCUCGACACCUCUCCUGUACUCCUGCAUCGCCUACAACACCACCAUCCUAACCGAGCACACCGCCUCCGCCAGCUCCCAAGCCAGCAGCCUGGCCUCGCUCGUGCUCCCCAAAAUCCCGCACAGCACCCCGACAAAGCAAACCUACACGCACGGCGCGCACAACAUCCACUACAUCGCCAGCGCGCCCAGCGAGCACCCGGCCUCGGCCGCCUCCGCGGGCGGCCUCUCCUACCUCGUCAUCUGCAAAGCCGAGCUCGGGCGCCGGAUUCCGUUCGGGUACCUCAUCAGCAUCAAAGACGCGUUUCUGAAGCAAUACGACCCGCAGACGACGGACUUUGCGAGUCUGCCGCCGUAUGGCGCUGCGGCGUUCAACACGACGCUGAAAAGGCUGAUGCACGAGCAGGGCGCGACCGAGGCGGGCCAGAAUGAUGCGAUCAAGACGGCGCAGCGGGAGAUUGCGAGCGUGAGGGAGGUGAUGGAGGAGAAUAUUGAGAGGGUGCUUGAGAGGGGGGAGAGGAUUGAUUUGUUGGUUGAUAAGACGGAUCGGUUGGGGGGCAGCGCGCGGGAUUUUAGGGUUAGGAGUCGCGGGCUGAGGAGGAGGAUGUGGUGGAAGAAUGUCAGGUUGAUGGCCCUGCUGUGCGCGGUGGUGGUGUUCUUGAUCUAUCUGUUUGUCGGGUUUGGGUGUGGGCUGCCUGGUGAGUUGUGUGCUUCCUUGCGCUGCUGCUGGGGGGAGAUGGACAUGGGCUAA